ACUAUAAUACACACACACAGCUAUAUAUAGAAACAUAAUAAAGACUAUAUAGCAAAAUGACAAAGCCUCUGAGCAUAACCACUAUCGUUCUAGUCCUGACGAUAGGAUUCAAUCUUACAGUUACUUUGGAGCAAGACUGUCCAGUGAAGUGUACAUGUUACCAAUAUCUCAACAGGCAAGUUGUUGAAUGUACUGAAUUCGAAGAGACAGAUUUAAUUGGUUUUAAUAACCUGUCAGUGGAUACUACUGAUCUAAUUUUAAGAGAUGGUAGUUGGAGUAUUAUCGAUUUCGGUAGAUUUCCUUCUCAUCUAACAAAAUUGAUCACCAUCUCUAUUAACAACUUUACAACAAGCUACUUGAGCCGAUACUCGGAUUCCAUUCAUAAACAAACAUUUAAAGAAGUUCAGAAUGUUUCCAUACAGUUCACAAAAAUAAAUUUAAUACGAAAUGGUAUGUUUCAUUUUUUUCCAAAUAUUACUCAUAUCAUUUUAAAUAACAAUCGAAUCGACGAAAUUUACAAGAAAUCGUUCAGUGGCCUAAAAAGAAUUGAAUUUAUUAACCUAUCACACAAUAGUAUCGAAACGAUUGAAGAGAAUGCCUUCAUAAAUCUCAAAAUAAAAACAUUAGAUCUAUCGAAUAACAAAUUAAAAAAAGUGGAUAUUUGUUUAUUACGAAAAAAUUUAUCGACAACAUUAGUACUCUCACACACACCAGCAGAAGAAUGCAACACAUCUCAAGAUCUUGAGUACAAUUUUACAUUUUUAAUUUAUUGUGCUAUCCUCAUUAUUAUUACAACAGGUAUUAUCAAAAUAUACAAUCUAAAUACGCACAAAGUUGAACGCACACAGGAAAAAGUUAGUAACGAGAUACAUCACCAAACUGUGGGGAAAAUAAAGUUUUCUCCAAAAGAAAUUGGAAGAAAUGUAUUCAAAGGAGAAAUAAGUGGAGAUAAUAGAACGGUUGCGGUUAAACGAAGUAAAUUGAAUCCAUACAUAAAUGAAAUCCGAGAGCUUGAUAUACUGCUCCAACUCACGAAGAAAGAAGAAUCACAUAACAACGUCAUUCAGUACAUAAUGACAGAAACAGAUAAGGAAUAUCGGUACAUUGCAUUAAUCCCAGUAUGUGAAGGAACACUACACGAUGCUAUUUUAAACAAGAACAAAAUAGCUAACAAAUACAUGGCAACAGGUAGAGGAUCCUGCCUAGAACAGCUAGCAAACGGCUUAAAGUUCCUUCAUGAUAAAAAAGUCCAACACCGAGAUAUCAAACCAGAAAAUAUUCUUAUAAAGUACGAAGGAGACACUGCAAGAUUCAUUAUAUCAGAUUUCGAUUUGGGGCAUAUAACGGGAACAGAAUCAAAACACAAAACAAAUUAUGGCACAAUGGGAUGGGUAGCCCCUGAGCUCUGGGGUAAAGAAAAAAGAUUACCUGCUGUGGAUAUAUUCUCAAUGGGCUGUGUAUUCUAUUACGCACUAACUCGUGGCAAGCAUCCAUUCGGAGCAAUCACUACUAAGUCUGAGCGGAAAGAAUGCCAGGAUAAGAUUCUAGGCAUGAUGUCGCCAAUUCUGGAAGAUAAUGAGCUACAACUAGAGCACAUGUUCAUGAAGGUACAAGCCAAAGAUUUGAUCAAACUUAUGUUGACAUUUAAUGGCGAAGAACGACCAGAUGCUUCAGAAGUUUUAGAUCAUCCAUUUUUUUGGGAUGAUGAAGAAUUUCACAUAUUUUACAGAAAUGUAGGUGAUAAAUUCGAUGACAUUAAUGCAGAAAAGUAUGAAGAAUUACGAAAAUGCAUUAGAGAAAACUCAACUAAGGUGUAUCGCAACAACAACUGGAAAGUGCACAUCCAAGACAAAGUGAUCCGUGAUAGCUUCAGUGGAAAACGUGAAAAUGAUAUUUGUUCUUUAAUAAAAGUAGUACGCGACAAGAUCACACACUUCGAUAGAAUCAAAGCGAAAUCUUCAUCACAAUUUGAAAUUUACCGAAGAAAAGGCGGUGUACGAAUGUAUUAUGACACAAUCUUUCCGCGUCUUCUGAUCGAGAUGUACCACGCAGACCGAACAUUUCAAGCUCAAGCACAAGCUAGCACAUAAACAGUAUACAUAUACAUGUAAAUUGUUUUACUAUAAUUAUUUUUACUUAAAAGCGUGUUACAAUUAAUUCUGCAGAGAACAUAUGUAAGCCUGUGCAUGAUA